AUGGCGGGACUGUGGCGACUAUCGACUCUGCCAGUUGACGCCUGGAAGACCAGCAAGCAGGUAUAUGGGCCUGAUGGAUUGCAGGUGCUACUGGGGAAGUUCAGAGCAAACGGGAUAUCUGCCUUCUACCAGGGCGGUAUUGCAUCAGCCAUGGCCACAAUGGUCGGCCAUUACCCUUGGUUCGUGACCAAUAACUACCUGGAGCACUACCUACCGAAAUACAGCUACAAAACUGACUUCGGCUUGGCAAUCUUGAGGUCAGCAGGUAUCGGAUUCGUAUGUACCGUCGCAUCAGAUUGCAUCAGUAACUCCAUCCGAGUGGUAAAGACCUUCAAACAGACUGCAAAGGAACAGCUGACCUACAAGCAGGUGAUUUCGCAAAUCGUGGAGAAGGAUGGAGUUUCUGGACUCUUCCUCAGAGGAUUGCAAACUAAAUUGUUGACAAAUGUGGUCCAGGGAGUUGCGUUUAGCGUGGCUUGGAAGUAUAUCCAGCAUCGCAUUGAAGAUAAAUAA